GUUGGGAAGGCUGCUCACGGUGUGCACCGCGGUGUGCGUGCGUGCGUGCGCUCGUGUUGCCUUGACCGAGGUGAGGGGGGUCCAUACGUUGUGUUGCAAUUUUGUGGUGUUACACAAAGUUACUCCCGUGCGGAUUUAUUACACGAUGGCUUUCUACGCUGUGUGAAGUGCUGUUCCAACGAAACAGGCUGAACCUGAUGCCUUCACCCGACGCCAUCGAAGAAGACGCGAGCUCGGUCCCAGCGAAUGUUGAGUUUUCGGUUUCGACGAGACAGCCAGCCAGUCACGUUAGGCUUAGGAAAGUGAUAUGCAAACUGACAGGACCGAGGUAUUCCUUCGCAGAAGGAACCGGUAAAUGCGGAUCAUAAUGGAAAAAGCAUGCAAGCUGCAGCGGUGCAAGCAUGGGCCCUACCCCCGCUGAGCCGGGCAGCAGGACGGGCGGAGUGAGCCGGGAGCCUGCCCUCCUCCGGGGGCUUUCAUGGUGGUGCAGUCGGCCAUGGAGGAAGUGCGCGUGUGCCAAGUGGCGCCCCCUCCCCAGCUGCCCGUGGCCCCGCCCCCUUCGGCCACGGCGGACUCCCAGCAGGACGACGGGGAGCAGAGCGACCCGGAGGUCAUGCAGGUGACGGGCGAGGGGAUGGGCCCGGUGAACCUGCGGCACAAGAAGCAGCGGAUGAAUGGCGCGGUGCAGCUGGGGGUCUCAUGGGGGGGCGCCACCUCCGCGGCGGCGGCGGCGUCCGGGGCGGACUCGGAGGAGCGGGAGCGCCCCAUGUCCUGGGAGGGGGAACUCUCGGAGGACGAGGAGGACGAGGAUGGAGGAGGAGAGGACGCAGGGGGGCGUGGGGCAACCCACCUGGGCGGAGGGGUGGUCCUCAUCCGGCCGGGGAACAGCCCCAUGCUGGUGGAGAGGGACGAUGGUGCAAACUCCCCCAUCAGCCUCACCACCACGCCCUGCGGGAACUCCAAGGACAACAAUACGGGAGACAAGUGCGUCUCCCGGGUAAACGUAUCGGACAGCAAGGCGUCCAAUCACGUGAUCACGUACGUCGCGCCGGUGUCUCCGGCUCCGUCGACCCCCUUCGGAGGCGUGACGCCGUCGGUGCCGGCCUUUCAAGAUCGACAGCAUGCUCACAACAGUUGUUUCGGGGAGGUUUCGACGAGCUCUCGGCCCUCGGCGAUGCUGGGGGGUGCGUUCCAGCCUCCCUCAUCGGCGUUUGGGGAGAGCCCCAUCCUGACACCCCGCCCGACGAGCUCCUCGAGCUCCCGGUCUUCGUACUCUCCUCCGAGCCAAAGCCCCCUCCUGGGCAGGGGAGGGGCACCCCAGGGGCCCUACCCCCACGCCAGCCACCAGAGCCCCCUGCCCCCGAGGCAUGGGGCCGCCAGCUCGGACGGCUCCGUCUACUCCCCUUCCAGCAGCCCCCUGCAGGGGAGGCACGUGGCCGUGGCGGAGGGUGGAGUGUACUCUCCCUCCCAGAGCCCUAGCCAGGGCAGGCACCGGCUGGGGGACGGCCUCUCUCCGACGGCCGCGCACCUCCGCAACCUGUCGGUGUCCCGCAAUGCCUACCCUCCAGGCGGCGACGUACCCGUAGCGCCCUACCCGUACCUCGUGGUCCAGCCCACACCAGACACCCGGUCUACGGCGUCGAGCGCGUCGGUGGCGUCGAGCGCGUCAGAUGAGUCCAACGCCUCGGACCUGUCGAGCCCCACGCGACGGCCCUCGGUGGCGGAAGGCCUGGCGGACCCCCUUGGGGAGGCAGGGGGCGGGGCGGCGGGGGUGUCGCGGCAGCAACUGCUGAGCGGGCCCUGCCCCGUGUGCGGGGACCGCAUUUCGGGCUUCCACUAUGGCAUCUUCUCGUGCGAGAGCUGCAAGGGCUUCUUCAAGCGCACGGUCCAGAACAAGAAGCACUACGUCUGCCUGAGGGGCGCCAACUGCCCUGUGGCCAUUGCCACGCGCAAGAAGUGCCCCGCCUGCCGCUUCGACAAGUGCCUGCGCACGGGCAUGAAGCUCGAAGCCAUCCGAGAAGACCGAACGCGAGGCGGCCGCAGCACCUACCAGUGCUCCUACUCCCUGCCGGCCCAGCUACUGGACUCCAGGGCUGCCUCCGACUCCAGCGAAUCGGCCCAGGAACCCAUCCCUCUUCUCCAGAAAGAGUCGAGAAGCCUGUCUGCGGGCUCUCCCCACGAGGGGGGCCAAGCGGCGUCACCACAGCCUUUUGGGCAGCAACCCCCCGUGGUUCCCUCCUUGGUGCAAGAGAUUGUCUCGGUGGAACACCUCUGGCACUACACGGACCGUGAGAUCAGCAGGUUAUCGGAGCAGUUUGGCCACAAGGUGUCGGCCAACAACUCGGUGAUGGAGGUGGGACCGGAUUCCCCCGGAGCGAGCUCUUCCGACGGAGGCUCAAACCUUCUAAGCAGCCUGUGCAACAUCGCCGACCACCGGCUAUACAAGAUUGUCAAGUGGUGCAAGAGCCUGCCUCUCUUCAGGGAGAUACAGGUGGACGACCAGAUAGCGCUGCUGAUCAACUCGUGGUGCGAGCUGCUGCUGCUGAGCUGUUGCUACCGGUCGACGGGCACCCCCAACGAGAUCCGGGUGUCGAUGGGCAAGUCUGUCACCCUGGGCCAGGCCCGGCACCUUGGCAUGGGGCCCGUCAUCGAGCGCAUGCUGGGCCUCACGGACCUACUGCGGCGGCUGCAGGUGGACCAGCGGGAGUUUGUUUGCCUCAAGGUCAUCAUCCUGCUCACCUCCGACGCAAGCGGCCUGAAGGAGCCCGAGAAAGUGCUUGCCUGCAAGAAGCAGGUGCUGGAGGCGCUACAGGCCUACACCAUCUCCCACUACCCGACGCAGCCCUCCAAGUUUGGGGAGUUGCUCCUGUGCGUGCCCGAGCUCGAGAGGGCCUGCCAAGUCAGCAAGGAAUCCUUGGCCGCCUCGAGACGCAUCGCCUCCUCGUCGGCUCACCUCGCGGCUUCGGCCUCGGCUGCGGCCGCUGCUGCCGAUCCCCAGGCUCCCAGCUUCAACCUGCUCUUCGAACUGUUGCGGGGGGACCACUGAGAUGGGCUACGAGCAACACUGGUGUACAUAGGCGCAUGGCAUGGUGCGCUGCCACAAACUAUGGUGUGCCUUCCGUGCGGGACCCUUCUUAUUCUAAAUGCUCGAAUGGGGCGGCUCUUUGCAGCAUGCUCCGAUGUCUGUCGUUUUUCGGUUCUUCUAGUUUUUUUUUUUAAUUUUCUUCCACGGUGCCACUGUUCUCGUUUUCGUGUCCCCACCCCCCUCAAGGUGCCCCUGGUCCUGAACCAUCGUCUCCGCAUCGCGACUCAACCAAGAAGAGAGCAGAGAGCAAGUAUUGAUGACGUUGGCUCGGCGAUCUCUUUUUUUCUUUUUUCCGAGUGGUGGCCUUUGCCAUUUUUUUUUUUUCUUCUUCAUCUCUUCUCACGGGAGGCAGAUACAAAGGAUGACUUUUAAGUGAUAUGGCUGCGCAUUCGGCUGCUUGGAGUGUUCCCUUUUAAAGGCUUCUGUCCGUCGAUUGCUUUGGUGACCGUUUUAGGUCUUUCCUUCCGCUCGCGUGUCGUCUCGCGCCGAUUGUUGUUGUUUCUUGAUGCUUUCUUAGUCUCGCCUGUGAAAUGCGCGAGUGCUCGUGGUUUCCUCUUUGUAGCUUUUUGUUGCCCAUGCCAUCUUUUUCUCUUCUUAACUUAACUUAUGGUGUACAGAAAGAGUGUGUUGAUUCUUUGACAUCACCGAGUUAAGACAUUUACCUUUUGACACGAUUAUCGAGCAUUGGCCCACCCCGUGGGGCAUCUGGUUCCCUCGUGACAUCUUAAUUUAAAAACAACUUUUAUAAAAUAUAAAAGUUGGGAGACUACAAGUUUUAUAAAAUAUGAAAGUUGGGAGACUAUCUGGUUUUGGAAAGUAAAGAAACGAUAAACCAGUGCCAGAUGUACCUCUGUCCAGAGUGUUAACGAGGAUUUUCUUUUCUGAAACGUGACUUCAUCCUCUCGUCCCUUGCUUGUCUACUUCACGCGCCCCUAACCUUUUUUCGUCACUUACCGUUUUCUGCACCGUCCACUUUGUGUCAGCACGCCUUCGUAGGCCCAGCUAUUCCUUCCGCCGUCUCGUGUGGACCACUUGCGGCCCGCGUGCAUUCAACCUCGCAGUACAGGGAGCUGCUGUGAUAGGAGGAAAACGAGAGUUCUUCAUGCUCCCUGGUUACAAGUUCCAAUUUGUUUUUGUGUGUGAAUGUACUUAGGCGUACCACGCUUGUGCGGGUAGCACACCUUCCCAUCUGCCCAUUUGACUUGACACGACGGAACGCAAGAGGUUUCCCGCAUCUCCAGUUCUUAGUUUCUGCCCUAGGUGAUCCCCAGGCAGCAUUUCUCAAUACUCGUACAGUCUGGAAUCACGUGGCAACCGAAGCUAUGUCCGCGCUUUCCUUCCACUCGCUGCUGCAGCGUUCCUCUCGGUGAAGAUACCAGACAGAAAGAGAAAGUGACACCUUUUUACACUUGUGUAUAGGAUGUAAUGUACAUUAGCUCGUGCCAAAACUUCUCUGCCCCCUCCUUGCUUAAAAUUCUAUGUACACAAUUUUUUUCCCCUCUUGCCGUCACACAACUUAAAACCUCGUUAGCAAGUUCUUUUCUUUUUAAUUCAUAUUAUUUGUUAUUGCCUUGUCCCGGUGUUUUAUGCUCACUUGCUUGAGCUAGUUGCAAUUACGUUCCCCACUCUUGCACCCCACCUGUUUUUUUUUUAUCUUCUACCGUCCCCUAGGUUUGAGUGUGCGUGCCUCGGAAAGCCCCCGCACCCUAGUUUAGACGCUGUUGCUUGCACGCUACCACCUGGCCAACGGCGCACAAACCGGUGUUUUACCGGUCGCCUUCCCCUUCACCUCCCCGUUUUUCAAAGUAUUUUUAGGCCAUUCUAAGUACGGAGCAUGCCAUCCAGUGGUUUCGUGCGAGAUUCAGUCCACCUUAAAAGCGCAGAGCACGACUGCUUCUGCACAUUGCACCAAUCGCAUCCGGUGCCAAUGACGUCGCAUUUUCAGGAGAGACUGUGCGCCAAAACAAUCUUGUACACUGUGAGGACUUCUGCAGAAGAACGUAAAGCGCAGAGUUAAGCUGAGCAGGCACGUUUUGAAAGCUCCUGCACAUUUGAGCUUGCAUCAAAUGCACCAGCAGGAUUUGCACUUUUUACUUUUUUAUGACUGCACUCUCGUUCCUCGCACAUGCUUUUGUCACGUAGCAGACACAACCACUUGCUGGGAGGAAUACGGGGUGACCCAAUCCGCAAGAGAGUGUCCUAGACGCAAGGUGCAUUUAAACAUUUCCAGUAAUCCCUCGAGCGAAACUUACGGAAGGCACAUUGUGGUCACCGACGAGAUAAGUACGGCAGAGAGGUCCCUUCAGUUGUGUCCCGUCUCCAGUGCAAGCGUCGUGAGCCUGCAGCAUGCACGCGCACCCAAGGCAAGGCGCGCAUACUGGAGGUUAAGCAUCAUAAAGAGAUUUGCCACCAUUCUCACUUUGUCGGUGACUACAGCGGCGCCUGAACGAAUGUAACAGGCAUCCCAGUGCAACAACAGGGUUCUGUGAAGUCAUCCUCGAACCCUGCAUUUCACGUGAAACUUGCCCAAUCAAGGAAUUCUUCCGCGGUGGUAGAAAGGGAUACUCGCUAUAUUUUAAAAUGCUGUUUCGGUGGAACCGCGACUAUGUGUCUUUUGGCCCAACUUGUGUUUUCCCGCACUGUCGGGGUGCCUUUUUUUGCAAGAGCGGAACAAGGUGCAGGCCUUUUUUUUUUUUUUUUUUAACCACUGUUUGGGGUCUUGCGAGUUGGAGAUCAACACUUUUCCGUGUGACUCUCGUACGCAGCUUUCCUCAGUUUGCGCAUGCGCAUCCGCGUGUGCAAGGACCAAUCGCAGCUGUCCAUGUCUGUUUUUUGUCUACGUUUUUGUUUUUCGUUCCACACUUCUUUCCGAAACUCUUUGCUUCCUCGUGAAAGCGACCGGAAGCGGUCGCAAGCCAAAACUUUUAAGUUGUAUUUAUUGUACAUAAGUUGGUUCGAAGAGGAGUGUAUGGUCGCAAGAGAGAGAGGAGACAUUACAAAUGGUCGCUCGGACUAGUAUUAGCAAUUUUUAGGUUUUGUUUCUGCGGUUGUACAGCGAGUGUAGGAUGGCGAGAUGUCUUCAUACCGGAUCUAUGCAGAAUACCAUCUGUAGUUGCGUUUCUUUUUAUAAUCUUUUUUUACUGCUGUCCGUCACACUCAUUUCUUCAAAGUCAUCAAUCCAGGCCUUCCCCCGCCUUACCUGCCAGUCCCGUAUCCAUCGAUCACCACACUUUUUCCCCGUCAUCUGGGACCAAGUCAUUCUGGGCAGGCGUUAUGGAGAAGUAGGACUACGGUCUGGAUCAUCACACACAGUUUAUGCAAGGCACAUGCUGUGGCUGCUGCAUGCAAAGUGCAUAUUACCUUCCUUCAUGUGGGGCCAUGCUGCCCCCAGGUCUGUGACCCCCUCCCUGCCCUGUCUGAAACGUGUCAGUUGAACAAAUUCUCCGAUAUUCACUGUUCUUUUUUUCCUGUUUUUGUGGAAUACUGUCGCUGUAUGUGGGUAUAGGUCAUGUCUGUUAAGUGUUUCUGGUGCAGAAGUCGCUUCUUAUUUUCACAGGCCGACGGACUAUAGGUGGUCAUUGAAUUGUGCCGUAAUCUGUGCAGUUUGACUAGACCUAGACACCUACUUUAAAGCUACUUGGAAACCGAAAGCUAGGCAUUCGUGACGGGCACCAAAGCCCUCGCGCAAGGAGAUUGCAGUUGCAGAAUUUACUUUUAUUCUAUAUUUAUGUGUAUGUUCGAUAAAUCUAAGUCAGGUUUCUGAAUGUUUGUUUCGCUUGUACACCUUUCCAGUGAUUAUUAGCUGGGAGUAUGCAAAUAUUCGAAUUGUCAUUUAGAAUAACACAUUAUUCGAAUUCGCUUCGAGAUGAACCGCAAUAUCUGUACUUUUCGAAGUGUUCAUCGCGGCAGGUUAGCCUCUUUAAGUGUGCUUCUCACCGAGCAUUCGUGCUCUUAGGGGAAGCAAUACCUACGAAGCUCACGGGCCUUACAGAUGUUGCUUCACUGCAGUGCAUGCGUGCUCGGUGAGAAGCAAACUCAACGGGCCUAACUCGCCCUGAUUAUGCAUGUGUAUAUGUUAGGCUGCAAUGUCUUGACAACCCGUGUUCAUCAAUCAUGUUUGUUGUUUUUUUUUUGGUCAAAUUUUAUAUAUAAAGGUUAUUUACAUAUAACAAGCGGAUUGAUACAUCUUCCCAAUUAGGAUAGUUGCUACAAAUUUGUCGUUCACACGCCACAGUUCAUAAUUAUAGUUAAAUUAAAAUUCACUUCAGUUUGGAAUGGACAAGUGGAAGCUUGGGAGUAACCUUCACAAGUAUAGGUGGGUUUUCGUUUGUGCAUGGUGCAGCGGUAGUGAAAGGCUUGAAACUAUACGAUAUUCGAUUAGAAAAUAUGCGGCCAAAACCACUUUGCUUUGAAUUCACUUCAAACUUGCAAUCUACUUUUCGCACAUGCAUACUAUUACCGAAGCUACAGGUGCAGUGUCACUGGGUCAUGUACGCUUGCGUGGCGACCAAUAUUCUGCAGAAAACAGCUGGCUUGCAAGCUUGGAUUGCAUUCCACAGCUCGGUGGACCAAGGUGCCUGUUGGAAUGGUCUAUACUAGCACUGUGUCUGGCAUGUGUGUCAGGUUGUGGAAACUCUGAAACAUUGUAUUGUCCGCCGGCCUGUGAAACUGUUCAAAGCUCCACCAAACACGCUUUACGGCACACGUUAGAGCGAAUGAAAUUUUCACCGAAUGGCACCGACUAGCUGCUUGGACAAAUAUUGUCUCGCACGCCUUACUUUUUGUAAUGGAGUUGCCCAGAUCGCUCAUUCGAAAGCAGGGGUUUGAUUUGGAAUGUUGCGGUGUUUUGCGGUCCUUCAGAGUUCUUUACGGAGCUGAUUUUGUUUCUGAAGUCGACCGUGUCUUACAUUUGUGAGGGAGAACGGAGAUUCCUUUGGCCAGGAAGGAAAGAAAAGACCAUUUGUGACUUUUUGAAACGCCUGCCCACCCUGCUCCGCCGUUAAACGGUUCCUUCGUGACUGAUCUGAGUGAAGGAGCGAAGUGGCUUUAAAAGCGGCUACCUUUUGGAAUGUUUUAGCAGAUUUGACAGGGGCGUUCCAUUUGUUGAGCCCCAUACUUGUUAAUUUUAAGCUUUCCUUUCACAUUGCUCUUUUGGCUUAAAGGUGGUGCAUCCAGUAUUGUCGACAGAGGCAGCUAACCACUUUCCUGCCCGUUGAUGGGUUAUUGCCGCGACAAGCACAUUUCAGCUUUUUUCUUUUUCCUGCUUCGUUAUAUUUUGCUACCUAGGUACUCUUCGGUUGUGUCGGUUUGGGUUUUAUGAAUUCUUUUUCUUGGUGAGCUUUUCACAACCUUUGUCUUUUUCUUGAAGAGUGGCAUUGACCAUGUUUGCUGUGUCUUAAACGCGAGAGAAAAACAAUGAUCCUUUCGUGUGGAAAACUUUAUGAAAGUUGCCGACAAUUGGAGAGUAGAGUAUUUGCGCGUCUCGGUUCCAAGCAUGCAACAGGCACUUCGAAUCAGGUUAUUCGCUGCAUACAUUGUUUGGUUGUGGAGUUUGGAGAAAGUAUCGGAUGCACUGUCAGCAUACGUUGUGCCCUUAUUGCGUUUAUUUCGAGCAACUCGUUACGCAAGACUUCUGGCAGAAAACAACGCGUGAGGAAAUGGCAGGUGGCUUGCCUGUCGCUGCCACCAAUUUGCAGCAAAAAGUCCAUAUGUGAGUUGCGUCAGUUUGCUGAUUUAAGACCGUCUUUUGCCCUUUGGAGCCUUUUUCCUGGUGAGAUGGGGAGCUAGCGUGCAAAGUAGACUGUAUCUUUUUGGCGUCAACAAUCCCAGUGACGAAGAGAAAAACAAGUACUGUCCCGGUGGUUUUUAGUAAACGAAAGAUAGGUGUGUUUUCUAGUAAAAGUGUUUAUGGUGGGAUUUAUGCAAAAUGUGCAGGAGGAGACGAGAAAGCGAUUGAAUAUAUACGGUGCUAGAGGAAUCCGUUUUUUUUCUACGACUACGGUGCCACAUUUUUGUAUCUGUGAACGUGUGCGUGCAUGUUUGGAGUGUUUGAAAUGCUCGUGACACAUGGAUGUGAUACUAGUAAAUAUUUCUUUGGGUUUCUUUUUUUUUUUUUUUUUUUUUGCUAGAGCUAAACUUUGGUCAUCAUUUUUUUAACUUAUUGCAUAUUUCUGUUGAGAAUACAUGUUGUGCAUUCUGACAUUACACAUAACACCCACAUCAUGCUUUGAGAAGUGUGAAUCUCAAUGUUGCUGCUGUUUUUUUAUUUUGCCUUCUCAGUAAUUCUUCUCUUGACCAGUGGAUGCGUCACAUUCUAAGCAAGAAGAGAUGCCGAGUCAGAAACUGUCUAUGCUACAAAAGUGGUGUGUGUUGUCCCUGUGGUGUAAUUUUUCGUAAUUUUUCCGUCACCCUCUCUACUCUUAAUUGACGCAUACUGUCGGUUGUGGUGUGGUUAAGGUUUCAUAAGUGAAAGCGAAAGAGUGUAUCAGAAAUCAAAAUAGACUCUCAGACCCAUCAUACCUCAUCCUCUGGGGAUAACCAUUGCAUCCUUUUUUUUUUUUUUUUUUUUACCUGUAUAUACAAGUGACAUGCCACCACCACCACCCCUGGGUUUUUAUAACAACAAUAACAGUGCGGAAAGAGAGAGAGAGAGGAAAGAAAAUGAGGCAAACAAAUUUAGGAGCUGUGCUGCGAGGCACACUUAUUUUCUGGACCUUUUUAUAGUUUGUAUACUGUGGGGCCUAACCCAAUUUAAUAAAGAUUUGCUUUGCAGUAA